CCUGGGCCACUGAUUGGUCGGCCCCCGGCAGCAGCGGCCGCGGCUCCUGGAACUGUCAUCUCCGCCGGUGAGUCCUGGGUUCGAGCCUGGGCCCUGCUGGCUCCCGAAUUGCUCCUCGGCGCCCGGCUGUGACUCCAUCUGGCCGGCUAGCACUGAUCCAGACUAUCGGGCCAGGACCCCUCAGGGCACACCUGGGUACUCUGUCUCCAAUCUACUCCAUUUCCCAAAUGUACCACAGGGAAGAUGGAAGAGCUGAGUCAAGCCCUGGCUAGUAGCUUUUCUGUGUCUCAAGAUCUGAACAGCACAGCUGCCCCACACCCCCGCCUGUCCCAGUACAAGUCCAAGCACAGUUCCUUGGAGCAGAGUGAGCGGCGCCGCCGGUUAUUGGAACUGCAGAAAUCCAAGCGGCUGGAUUACGUGAAUCAUGCCAGAAGACUGGCUGAAGAUGACUGGACAGGAAUGGAGAGUGAGGAAGAGGAAGAUAAGAAAGAUGAUGAAGAGAUGGACGUUGACACUGGCAAGAAGUUACCAAAACGCUAUGCUAAUCAAUUGAUGCUGUCUGAGUGGUUAAUUGAUGUCCCUUCAGAUUUGGGGCAAGAAUGGAUUGUGGUCGUGUGCCCUGUUGGAAAAAGAGCCCUGAUUGUGGCCUCCAGGGGUUCUACCAGCGCCUACACCAAGAGUGGUUACUGUGUCAACAGGUUUUCUUCCCUUCUGCCAGGAGGCAAUAGGCGAAACUCAACAACAGCAAAAGACUACACCAUUCUGGACUGCAUUUACAGCGAGGUGAACCAGACCUACUAUGUUCUGGACGUGAUGUGCUGGCGGGGACACCCUUUUUAUGACUGCCAGACUGAUUUCCGAUUCUACUGGAUGCAUUCAAAGUUACCAGAAGAACAAGGACUGGGAGAGAAAACCAAGCUUAAUCCCUUUAAAUUUGUGGGGCUAAAGAAUUUCCCUUGUACUCCUGAGAGCCUGUGUAAGGUGCUGUCUAUGGAUUUCCCUUUUGAGGUAGAUGGACUUCUCUUCUACCACAAGCAGACCCACUAUAGCCCUGGAAGCACUCCUCUGGUGGGCUGGCUGCGCCCCUACAUGGUGUCCGAUGUUCUUGGCAUAGCCGUGCCAGCCGGCCCGCUGACCACCAAGCCAGAAUAUGCUGGGCACCAGCUCCAGCAGAUUAUUGAGCACAAGAGGAGCCAGGAAGGCAUGAAGGAGAAUGUCACACACAAGGCGUCUGAGAACGGACGCUAUGAGUUGGAACACCUGUCUACCCCCAAGCUGAAGAGCCCUCCCCAUAGCCUGGACCCCCCUGGGAGCUUCAUGGAGAACUGAACAGGGUGGCUCCUUGGGGAGUCACAGGAUGGUGCUUCAUCCCAAAAAGAAGUCUGGGGAGGAAGACAGUGACAACAACAGGUUAUUUCAUUUUAGAGUGGCCUUUCCAAAGCCACUCCAGUUGGCUACUGCUUAUCUCCUAUCUGAAAUGCUGGCUCAGACCGUUGAGAGAGGUUCCCAGAUUGGGUGGUCUUUGGAUUUGAACAGUAAUUCCUGUGAAAAGUGUAUCCCAGAUAUCCACAAUGUAAAUAUAUGUAAUUCUU